UGGAAACAAAAAGAAGUCACACGGAGUGAGUCAGAUUGAAGCCAUGGCCAUUCUAUUUGCUGUUGUUGCCAGGGGAACCACUAUCCUUGCUAAACAUGCGUGGUGUGGAGGCAACUUCCUGGAGGUGACAGAGCAGAUUCUGGCUAAGAUACCCUCUGAAAAUAACAAGCUCACGUACUCACAUGGCAAUUAUCUGUUUCAUUACAUCUGCCAAGACAGAAUUGUAUAUCUCUGUAUCACUGAUGACGAUUUUGAACGUUCUCGAGCCUUUACUUUUCUGAAUGAGAUAAAAAAGAGGUUCCAAACUACGUAUGGUUCAAGAGCACAGACAGCACUUCCAUAUGCCAUGAAUGGCGAGUUCUCGAGUGUCUUGGCUGCACAACUGAAACAUCACUCUGAGAAUAAGGGCCUAGACAAAGUGGUGGAGACUCAAGCCCAAGUGGAUGAACUAAAAGGGAUCAUGGUCAGAAACAUAGAUCUGGUAGCUCAACGUGGAGAAAGAUUGGAAUUAUUGAUAGACAAAACAGAAAAUCUUGUGGAUUCAUCUGUCACCUUCAAAACAACCAGCAGAAAUCUUGCUCGAGCCAUGUGUAUGAAGAAUUUGAAGCUCACUAUUAUCAUCAUCAUUGUAUCAAUUGUUUUCAUCUAUAUCAUCGUGUCUCCUAUCUGUGGCGGAUUUACAUGGCCAAGCUGUGUGAAAAAAUAAAGAAAAGGUUAUUUACAAAGGAUAGCAAAAAACAUGAAGUUAAAUGUAGUCUCUGUGACUCAAGCCUUUCUGUGCUGGCAGGUGGUAUCUAUCAAUCACAACCCUCUUCUCGCAUCUUCAUUUUCUGCUCUUCUAUGCCUUCAGAUUGAUCUUUGGUU